AUGAAGGCCGAGGAGAACAUUGAGGCGGCUCGCCCUACGAGCCCCCGACAGGGCUCUCAAUUUGACGUUGAGAUCAAAGGAGCUGGUCGUGAUGCCGAGCUGUCAGCUACUUACGGUGUCACCCAGCGUGGCCUGGAGCCUCGCCAUGUCCAUCUCAUGGCCAUCGGUGGUUCCAUCGGUAUUGGUAUCUGGGUCGGUAUUGGCAGUGUCUUGAGCAAGGCCGGUCCGCUCUCCCUGAUCCUCGGAUAUGCCAUCUGGGGCUGCUUCGCCAUCUGGCCUCUCUAUCUCGUCGUCGCCGAAAUGUGCGCCUACCUCCCUGUCCGCGGUUCCAUCUUCGAAUUGGCUUCUCGAUUUGCCGACCCUGCUGUUGGUUUUGCGAUGGGAUGGACAUACUUCUUUGCUGGUACUAUGCUGGUCUGCACCGAGUACAGUGCUGUCGCGACUGUGAUGCAAUAUUGGAGCCCGGAUACCAACGCAGCAGCCUGGAUUGCCAUGGCAAUGGGCAGCUGCGUCUUGCUGAACAUUGCUGCUGUUAAGUGGUUCGGCGAGGCUGAGUUCGUCAUGGCCUUCACCAAGAUCAUCCUCCUCGUCAUGCUCGUCCUUCUCACCCUCAUCACCAUGUCGGGCGGCAACCCAGCUGGUGACGCCUACGGCUUCCGCAACUGGGGCGCUGGAGCGAUGCACUCAUACUACACCUCCGGCGGCGCGGGCAGAUUCCUCGGUGUCUGGAAGGUUGUCAUCUACGCCGCUUUCACCCUGGCCGGCCCUGACAUGAUUGCUCUCGCCGCUGGCGAGAUCCAGAACCCCCGCCGCACCAUCCCCCGCGUUGCCAGCCUCAUCUUCUACCGAAUUGUUGGCUUCUACGUCAUUGGUGUUCUGGCUGUCGGCAUCAUCUGCUCUUCUCGCGAUCCUGGUCUGCAGGAGGCCCUCUCCAAUGGAAAGUCUGGUGCAAAUGCCUCCCCCUGGGUCAUUGGUAUCCAGAACCUGGGCAUCAGCGUCCUGCCCCAUAUCGUCAACGCCUUCAUCCUUCUCUCUGGAUGGUCUUGCGGUAACGCCUAUCUCUACUCUGCUUCCCGAACUCUCUACGGUCUUGCGCGAGACGGCCAAGCUCCCAAGUUCCUCAUGAAGUGCACCAGCAAUGGUGUCCCCAUUAUCGCCGUCGCCAUCGUCUCCCUCAUCACCUGCAUCACCUUCCUCGUCUCCUCCAACGCCGCCGUCGAAGUCUUCUUCUGGUUCGUUGACCUGACCACCACCGCCCUGAUCGCCACCUACAUCUGGAUGCUCAUCACCUACUUCGGCUUCUGGCGCGCCUGCAAGGCCCAGGGAAUCACCAAGGACGCCCUCCCCUACGCCGCUCCCUGGACCCCCUACACCCCGAUACUCUCCCUCGUCAUCUGCUCGCUCACAAUCAUCUUCGUCGGCUUCGAUGUCUUCUCCCCCUUCAGCGUCCGCGGAUUCAUCACGUCCUACUUCGCCGUCGCUUUCGGCAUCUUCAUGUUCCUCCUCGGCAAGGUCAUGUACGCCUACCAGGGCCGCGCGCCCUUCUGGAGCUGGGUCAAGCCCGAAGAGGCCGACCUCAUCAGCGGCAUGGCCGAGAUCAACGCCGAGUGCGCCCAGUGGGAGGAGGGCGGCAUCGAGGAGAACGAGAGGGCCCGCCUGGCGGAGAUGAAUUUCGUCGCCAGGACUUGGGCGCGCAUGUGGUAA